UUUGACAUUUGGCUUUUAUUUCAAUUUAGAAAUUGAAAUGAAAUGACACUUUUGGUACCAGCGUGUUAUUUUAUGUAUUUAUUUUCAUCUUAUCAUUCUGAACACUCUGCGUGUGGUGUAAAUGUAAAUGAACGUUGAAUAUGUUUUUCUUUCAAAAUUUCGUGCGCGGAUCUUUUCCUACGAAGCAGUCGCGAUUGAUGCAGCAUCAGUGGAUGCAACCGCAGCAAAUGCAGAAAGAAAUGGAUGCGAGCCCACUGCUUAAGUAUAUUUACCUGAGCGGUGCUGGCGUGUCUCAGAUGGAGAGGUUUAUUGAAACUUGCCGGAAAAAUUUCUUGAUUUACAUCGUUACGAUCGAGACGGAUAUGGAUGAAUCGUCAGGGAAUACUUUUUAUCUGCAACAUGAAGCGGACAAGAUGGCGGAUAAUGUAUCGGUGAAUACCGAAUCAAAACAUAACACGGAUACAGAAUCUGAGGCGUCUUCAUACAGACCGAGAUCUAUCGAUAGAAGAGUAGCGAAAAUUAAACAGACAGAACCUGUAAAAAGUCCAUCGAGAAUCUUAAAACUGUUUAAGAAAAUAAUUCCUUCUAAAUCAACCAAAUCCAAAGAAAAUUCUCAGCCAAACGAAAUAAAUUUAAAAGAUUUUGGUUUUAAUGAUGAUAAUUCCACAAAUAUGCAUUACACUCUUCCAAUAUCAUUCAUUGAGCAUUCAAUUGGUGAAUGUACUAGUACAGAAACAAUGCGUGAAAUCAACGCGUUAAGUACCCAAAUAGAAGAAAGCGAAUAUUACGUACGAGAUGUACUCAUAAAGUACAUCCAAGAUAAAUCUGUUUUAAAAGAAGUACUCAACGCUGUCACCUUCCAUAAACGACUCCUGGAAGACAUAGAAAAACGCAGUAAUGAUUUAACCAACGAACACUGGAUACAACAAGUUGAAAACUACAAAAACAAACAGAAAACGCUUGAAUCCUCAAUGAAUUCAAUAAUUCAUCAAAAUCGUGAAUUACUUGAAGAGAAUGAACUUUUAACACGUAAAAAUGAGAAAUUAAGUGCGGCUAUGUUGUGUUUACAAGAAUCCGGUGGAAAUACUCUGAAUAAAACCCAAACAUCCUCAAAGUGUAUUCUUGAAGAUCUCAGUAAAAACAAUGAUAGACUAAGGCAAAAAGUUAACGGAAUUAUGAGUCAAGUUGGAAGUAUGGAAGAAACAGUGAAGAAGUUUCAUAAAAAGUGUCAAUUUCUGCAACAACAGUUGAAUAAUUCCAAUAAUCAACUGCAUAAUACAAAAGCGUUUUUUGAGAAAAGUAAAAUUGAGUACGAAAUGCACGUCGCCAAAUUGUCUAAUGAAUUGCACAGCGUCAGCAGUAUAGUCAAAGAUUCCACAGAUCAAAGUAACAUUAUAAUGCAGGAUUUGGAAAUGCUUAAAAUGCAACUGCAACCCAUCGCGACGUCCAUCAACUGGGAUAAAUUUCGUAAAUGUGUGAGGCCUUUGCCUGAAAUGAUAAACAUUCAUCGAACUUGCAUUAAUGAAUUGAGUAGUGCAUUGAUUUAUAAACAGAAGGAAUUGAAUUUGGCAUCAUCUGAAAAUGAAACUUUAAAACUUUCAAGUUCCAAUCACGAACCUCUUAAAGAUAGAAUACAACAACUCUGUACACAACUAGAAGAAUCUCUUAAGGAAGAAAAGUCUUUAAAAGAAGAAAUAGACACAUUAAAAGAAGCAAUAUUAACAAAGGAACAAAAUAUUGAAUCUUUACAGUCAGUAAUCGCUGAUAAAGACAAGGAAAUCGAUUCUAAAGUAAGUUUACUCCAUGAAAGUGCUGAUAAAAUCAAUGAAUUAAACGAUCAGUUAACAAAUGCUAAGACAGAAUACAAUCAGCUACUGUUCAACACCGAGAAAUAUCGACAUGAAAACAAUGCUCUUCACAUGCAGGUCAAAGGCAUGGCGCAGGUGUUAACUGCGACUGGAGCUGGUGAUAUUGCGAAAGAAUUAGCGAAUUCACAGGAGAAAUUAACAGCAAUUCAAACGCAAUUUUUUGCUUUGGCAGCAGAAAAUAAUAUCAUGCUUAAACAAAUCGAAACGAACAAAAGUGAACGUCAAACGCUUGUUGCGUAUCAAAAGAAUUGUUACGAACAGUUGCAAGUGUUACACAAGAAUAUUGAAGACCUAGAGAAGACAAAUGAGAUACUUAAAGAACAUUUAGAAAAUGAAAAACAGACUGUCAAUGCUCUACAAACAGAACGCGUGCGACAUUUGGAAGAAAGAACAAUUUUGACUGCAAUUUAUGAAAGACUUAAGUCGGAAAUCAGUAAAGUUGAUCAAUUGGAAGGUGCCGUCACUACAAUGAAUAAGAAAGCCAGUAAAUUAGCUUUGAUAGCUGAAUAUAAUAAACAACUCGGUGAAAAACUCCAAAAUGAAGUAGCUGAAAAAGAUGUGGCUAUAAAUGAACUACAAAACAAUGUAAAACAAUUGAAUUCGUUCCAAAUGGAGAGCACCAAAGAAAAAGUGGCGCUCUGCGAAGAGUUGAACAAAGUGUUCAGCGUCAAAGAGGUACUUAACACUAAAUUGACUGCUGAGUUAGAGAAAAACGUGAUUUUGGACGAAUCAAAGAGAGAAAUUCAAAACAACGCUAACUUGCAGUUGAAGGAAAUUCAAGCUGCGUACAAUCGAGAGCAUGAAGCACUUAAGACUCUUGUUCAAGAUGUAAAAAAAUUAGUGGCUGAACGAGAUUCUUUACUUCAAACAAACAAAGACUCGGAAUCCAAAUGUAUUAAUCUAAUGAUGGAACAUGAUAAACUUGUGGAAUAUAUUAAAACGCUUCAAACAGAUUUCAAAGAAAAAGAAGAGAAAUUUUACGAGUUGGAAAAACACAUAGAAAAACAAUCCGAUGUUCUUGAAACUUUACAGAAAAGCAGUUUAAGUGAGGUUAGUUAUUUAAGAAAUAAAUGUGAGUUGACUACCAAUCAAGUGGAUAAUUUGAAAACUGAAAAUGAAGCUUUGAAAGGCUCUUUGGAAUAUUUACAAACUGAUAUUGGUAAAAUUCGUAAUGAUUUAGAUCAAUCAAGACAAAAUGAACAGGAGUAUAAAAAUGCUUUGGAAAAUCUUCAAAAUACUUAUAAUGAAUUAUAUCAAGAAUAUCGAAACAAAUCAAACGCGUUACAACAAAUCAUUGAAGAAAAUGAAGCGUUGAAGAAAAAUGUGUAUUCUUUGGGUGAAAAGUUCAAAUGUUUAAGUGAAGAAAAUGAAAGAAUUUCUCAAGAUUCUCUCCGUUUGGAAACAAUGCUCGCAGAAAAAUAUCAAACCACAAAAGUUGCUGGUUUGCCAACUCCAAAACACGUGGAAAAUGUUCUGGACGACAUAAAUGCUCGCGAUGAAGAGAUUUUAAUCCUUCAAGAUCGUCUGCGUGAGCAUGAAGAGCGCGGAGAGGAAUUAAAUGAUUUAUUUGCAACUAUUUCAGAAAAUCGGAACAAUUUUGAGAAGAAAAAUGAACUGUUGCAACAAGAACUUGAUAGCACCGUGCAAGACUUGCAGAAUUAUCGUGAACGUUGUGAGAAACUCGAGAAAAUCAUUGAAGAGUUAGAGAAAAAUAUGGUUUCUGUAGAUGUUUUGGAAGAUCAGCAUGAGAGGUUUAAUUCGACGCUUGAAGCACGCAAACAGGACUAUAAAAUUGCAUUCCAAAAACUUGAAGAAAAAAUAAACGAAUUACAAGUGCAAAAAGAGCAAGAUGAUAAAAAAUAUGAAGAAACUGUUAAAAAUUGCGAGCAAUACAAAGAAGCCCAUGAAAAACUCCAAAAGGCUCAUAAAGUAUUAGCACUCAAGCUAUUCACAGCUGUCAGAGUAUUGAUUUGUGAGAAAGUCGCAAUGGAAACUUCACAAACAAAAUUAAAUACUUUGGAAAAAGAUAAAGAACAAUUAUUAAAACAUAACGAACAAAGUGAAGCAGAACUGCAACAACUUCGAAUGCAACUCAAUGAAUUUCAACAGGAACUAGAUGAAGCAAAAUGUGAAAACUCUUCAUUAUUUGAAGACAUCACAUCAACUCGUGCACUUAUAUCAGACUUACAACUAAAAUUAUCAGAAGCAUCAAUCGGGAAUAAUCAGAAAAUAAAAGAACAAGAAAAGUGCAUAGUUACAAUGAAAAAUCAACUCGACGAAAGCCGAAAAUCUUUGGAUAACUUACAAAUAAUAAUCGCUGACCUAGAAGCCACCACAGCAUCUUUAGAGUUUGAGAAAUCAUCAGCAGAAAUACGCCUGCACGAACUUGAAACACAAACACAAAGUGAAAUAAUCCGCAGUAACGAAAUGAAAAGAGCCAUGCAGAGUACUCUAUCAUUGAUAAUUGAAAUGAAAGAACGCGGGAAUAUUUCCCCACAUGUUCAUAACCAGCUGCUUCAGUCAUUUAGUGUGGCGCACGUCUGA